CAGGUGAUGAGUGCCACUGACCUGCAGCUGAAGCGCAGGAUGGCGAAGCUUGAGGAUGGCACCGAAGUCUUCUACCAAUGCAUCAGGCCCAAGAACAAGGCAGUGACGCAUGUUUGCAUCUUCCUACACGGUUAUAUGGCCAGCAGCGACCUGUUCUUGCACUUCCUUGCCGAAUUGGCUCGAUGCGGGGCCCUGGUGCUGUGUCCCGAUUUGCCGGGGCAUGGCAGAUCUGACGGUGAGUUGACCUAUGUACCAGACUGGUGGGCUUGGGUCGACACUAUUUGGGAAGCCAUUGACUUCAUGGUUAAGGAGGAGGUCUCGGGAGAGCUCCCAAUCUUUGUCUCCGGUGGCUCCUUGGGCGGUGGACUGUCGGUCUGCUUGUGCUUACAACGGCCCACUUUUUUCCGAGGUGCCGUGCUGAUGUGCCCCAUGCUCACCGUUAGUGACGAAGUGAAGCCUCCUUGGAUCGUUCAGCAAUUCUUCAAACACGUUGUUGCACCACUGAUGCCCUCCUGGCCAAUCACACCUAGCGUAGAGACCUGGCAGCAACAUGUGGAGAACUGUGGAGAAUGUCCGUGCUUGUGCUGCUCAUGUGCUUGGGUGUGCUUGGAGGUGACGACCUUGGACUUUCGCAUCCCGGAACAUGGAAGCCAGGUGAAUGACAGGAACCCUCUGUCCAUGCAAGGCUUAAAGCCGAGGCUGGGCACAGGCCGCGAGUUUGGCUUCACCUAUCCAGAUUGGUUGGAUGGCCACAUGUCCGAGAUGCAGACCCCCUUCAUCAUCCUUCAUGGCAAAGCGGAUAAGGUGACGGACCCAGCAACAUCACAGAAGCUUUAUGAGGAGGCAGUUGCAAAGGACAAGGCCUUGAAGCCUCUUGGCGAAGAUCAUGAAAGGUUGUAUGAUGGUGUGUACCACGCCGAGCUCUUCUGUUGCAUGCCGGGCUCUUUUGAAGGAAUCGAAUGGACCAAUGAGGAGAUGGCUGCCACCCGCAGCUGCUUGGAAGAUGCUGCAGCCUGGAUGAAGCAAAGGAUGGGUGCUUUAACGCAGUCCCGACUUGAACAGAACGGGAGGAAGUUUGAUGACCAGCAUGCUGACCUGUCAGGCCCACCCAAGCCGAGGGAGCUGAAUGUCGCACAGCUCACGGCCAAGUUGCAGAUUGCGGAUGAGGAAACGCGUGCAGGCCGAGGUGGUCUUCCAGAGGCGGGCCUUCCUGAAGUUUUCUUUGAGCAAUAUGAAGAGUGGCACCGGGCCUAUAUGCGAGACAGCUUGGCACGAUCUCGUGAAUUCCUGCAUGGCAUUUACGAGACCAAGCUCUGGCCCAAACUUGAGGAACAUGUUCAACGGUGUCCAUUGCCGAUCAUUGAGAUCAUGAUGGACUCAGUGCUUGCAUCUUCCGUGGACUAUUCGCUUGAGGAUGGUCAAGGACUUUAUGAGCUGGCCAUCCGCCUGGCCAAGCAGCAUCUUUCUGAGGAGGAAGCUGAAGAGCUCCGGGAGGAAUGGAAUCAGGAUACUGUCUACACCUAUCCAUUGCUGUUCGGAAUGGAUCAGAAUGAUUGCCAUGGGUCAGAUCUGAAGAUUUAUGUCUACGAUGUCCCUCAAGGACUUACAGAGAACCAGUUGGACUGCGCCCUGGGCCAAUGGGGCACAGAAGUUUUAUUUCAUCGCUACUUUCUGAGCUCCACCUGCCGAACACUGGACCCAGAAGAGGCGGAUUUCCUUUUGGUGCCAGUCUACAGCACGUGCAAAUUUACCAAGGAGAAUUUGGAGAAUGAUGAAGCCGCUGCGAAAGUGAUUUGGGACCCCUUACUGCAAUACUUAUUUUCUCAACAGUGGUUUCAUCGUCGGAAGCAGAUGGACCACAUUUUCAUUUUUGCAGAUGGUCAGUCUGCGCGCGUCUGGGAUUCCUAUGACUUGGUCAGAAGCGAAGCCAUUUUCAUGAUGGUCGAGUCGAAAUGUCCCACCUGGGAUGAGCCUAUGAGGAAAUACAGUGAUAUCAAAUCUUGCAGUAGUAGCUGGAAGGAUAUUCUCAUCCCUGGGCACACGGACCAUGCGCGACUCCAAGCCAUGCAAAGGCAGAAUCGGCCUAGCGAUCAGCGAGACCUUUUGAUGACUUUCCAUGGAAGUCACUCUGGUAAUAAGGACGUCUACGAGUCCUGUGCUGUGCGUGACCGGAUUCUGCAAAUGGCUGAUUUCGAUGGGGUGGAUGUUGGUGGCUUCAUACCAAACUACUUCGAGGUGAAGGGCCGCUCUCACUUCUGCCUGAUUCCUGCUGGCACAUCGCCCUGGACGAACCAGCUCUACGAAAGCAUACAUUGUGGCUGUAUCCCAGUAAUUUUAUCAGAUGAGUACGAAGUGGCUUUCCAGCACAUUGUCGAAUGGCACCAUUUCAGCCUCAAAUUGCCGGAGUCGAUGGUUGGCCCAGAGCUAUAUGCAUUUUUGCAGUCAAUUCCAGUGGAAGUUCUCAGAGAGAUGAAGGCUGAAGUGGAUGCCCACAGCUGUUGGUUCAACUACUUCUCCCAUGAUCCUCGUUGUUCGCCCUUCGCCGCCGUCCUGGGCGCCUUGGAGGAUCGCCUUGGGCGACGGCCGAGCUGGAGCCGUUUCUGGCCCCCUCUGAGGGAGACCAGCUGGAAACGCCUCACACGAUUCCACUCGUUGGCCAAUGACAGCUUCAUGCUGGGAUGA